CCCGACCCGCCAAACCCCCCGACCACCGCCGCACGCCCCUCUCCUCAUCCGCCUUCUACCGUCCUCGACCGCCCACCCCUUGCCGGCGUCGCAACACUGCUCUCUCUCUCCUCCUCCGUUUAUACCGCCUUUUCCGUACCCUUUCCGUGCCCGUCGCCGGACCACCGAUCCUCCGCCUGCUCGUUCUCCCUCGAGGGGGCUGUUAAAAAUAUCGGGAAAGAAAGAAGGGCGGUGGAAUGGUGGAAGAGAAAGAGGCGCAGUACUACUCCAAAGAUUUCCAAUGGGAGGAGCUCCGAGAGGAGGUGGAGCGAGACCCAUCUCUCCGCCACCACCUCGCCCCUUUCCCUUCUUCUUCUCCCCAUCCGAGCAACGUGGAUGCCUGGAGGCGCUUCCACCAGCGCCAUUCCACUGGAAGAUUUUUCAAGGAAAGGCGCUACUUGUUGAAGGAAUUUCCAGAAUUAGUUUAUUGUGAUGAUUUCACCAAUCUUUUGGAGGUGGGAUGUGGAAAUGGGAGCACAGUUCUUCCCAUCUUGCGUGCAAAACAGAAUAUUCUUGUACAUGCUUGUGACUGUAGUGAGGAGGUCCUUGAAAAGGCAAAGGAGAUUUUAGCCACUGCUAAUGUGCGCUCACAUGAACAUCGGUUCCACCCAUUUUUACUUGACUUUUCUGUAAGUGGAUUUCCAAAUUGGUUGUUCUGCGCUUCUUGUCAAAAGACUUCAUUGGCAAAGCCUUUAAACCUCCCAUCAGAUUUUAAAGAAAAUGAAUCAACAAGAUUGAACGAUUUAUCCUUCUUGAGAGAAGAUAGAUGCUGUAUUGGUGGAGUUGAUUUUAUUACUUUGAUUUUUACCUUGUCAGCAGUGCCGUUUCAAAAAAUGUCAUUUGUUGCUGAUAAUUGUUUCUCUGUUUUAAAACCUGGGGGUUUGCUCUUUUUCAGAGAUUAUGGCCUUUAUGACAUGACAAUGCUUCGAUUUUUACCGGAGCAAAGAAUGGGGUGCAAUGAGUACAUGAGAUCAGAUGGCACUCUUUCAUAUUUUUUCUCACUGGAUACUGUAAAGGAUCUCUUCCUUGGGGCUGGCUUCAUUGAGUCAUGGGUAUGUUUUGGAUCCUUUGUUGCUAGAAUCGUACGAGUUGCGAUUCGACUCGUCUGAUUCGCGACGAUUCAAAGCCUAGUCGAGUUGAACCGAAAGGAAGAAUCAGGAAAGUAAAGGAAUCGCACUUGAAUUGCGGACUCGUCGACAGAAUCGUGCGACUCGCGGGAUCAUCCGAUAUCGGCAAGUCAGAAAAGAUAAGUUUUCAGAAUCCUGAUUUGUUGUUGGUUGUUGUUUUUGGAAGCCGAAGAUUAAAAUUUUGGAAAAAAAAAGAGAUCGAAUCUUGGCAAAAUCUAUUGAAAAUCAAAGAGAUUUGAAAUCUAUUCACCUUCUUUGACUGUUUCUCUGUCUUCUCCGUCUGCUCCAAGCCUUCGAAGACUACAGUGAGAAGAGAAAGAGGUUGCGUGGGGAGGAAGAAGCCUCAAAGCCUUUGAAGCAUCCCACGAGUUCGCUGUUGGUCCGGCUAGGUACCAUGNUUCUCUCUGUUUCUCUUCCCUAAAGCUCCGAACCUUUUUUUUUUGAUCGGACCAAAGCGGAAAGCCUUCUUCCCCGAUCUCCCUGUUUCUCUUCCUCGAAAGCCCGAAGGUUU